AUGUGGAGAAAGUUCACAAAGGAGGAGCACAUCCGCAGCCACGCCAAGGUCAAGUCGUCGGAGCAGCGCGGCAUCCGCGCGCGCGUCAUCGAGCAGUACCCUGCGCUCGAGGAGCACAUCGAGGACAUCCUGCCGAAGAAGUCGGACCUGUACGUGUGCAAGUGCACCGAGAGCCGGCAGGUUAUCCUCGAUCCGAGCGGCGAGUUCAUCUUCUUCCAGUGCCGCAGCGGGCCCUUCAUCCCGACGCUCCGGCUGCUGCACCGCUACCCGGACAUUCUGCCAAAGUACCAAGUGGACCGCGGCGCGAUCCGCUUCGUGCUGUCGGGCGCCAACAUCAUGUCGCCCGGCCUCACCUCGACCGGCGGCAGGAUGGACGACGUGCCCGCCGAGUCGAUCAUCGCCGUGUACGCCGAGGGCAAGGAGCACGCGCUCGCGAUUGGCGUGACGACGCUCUCGACCGAGACGAUACGGAGUGAGAACAAGGGCGUGGCCGUCGAGAACACCCACUACCUGAAGGACGGCCUGUGGCUGCUGAGGCGCCACGGCGAAGCCGCGGCGUGA